ACAGGCAAUGCAGGUAGUUUGCAAAUCAGGGAAUGCAAAUGCUUCCAGCAAAGGUGCUGUGAAUAAUAAAGCUGUGAAAGGAAAAAAAGUUAUGGGUUAACUGCUGAACAAACUUCUAGUUGCUGAGAAAAAUCUUCUCCAAUCCAAACCGUGGAGUAAUCCAGAGGGCUGUUUUUCCUUCCACACAGAUGUAUGUGAUCUAUACACACCGUGUGGUUGGCAGUGGAAUCAAGGCUCAGUCUGCAAAUCCAGAAGUAAAAGUGAAGGGAACAGAUCCUGUGAUAAGUCAAAUUAUUGACAAGCUGAAACAUAUUAUUCAGCUGUUGCAGGGCAAAUCAUUUCCAAAAUAUGACAAAUGGGAUGUCCAACAAACAGGCAGUGGUGGAGGUGUAGAUGAACAAAUCAGUGGUGAUUGUGAUGAUGAAGAUGGUUGUGGAGGAUCUGGAAGUGGAGAAUUCAAAAGAGUCCUGAAAAUUACAGACCGUAAGUCUAAAAUUCUGUCUCGUUCAUGCAUUUAAGUAGUGAAUUGACAUAUUUUCCACUAAUACAUACCACUGAAUUGUCUCGGAAAAGAUGGGAAAAGUUGUCCGUGUAGUGUUUCCAAGAUUUACAGGAAUAAGCCUGUAAUGAUAGGAUUUCUGUGAGCAUGGUAUCAAUAUGAGUAUCAGCUUCAUCGUGACACGCGUUAAAAUGUACUUGGCAUAACACAGACUUAACACAGUAUUUUAGUCAAAUAAUAGGUGUAAAGUGACAUAUCCCUCUGAGUUAUUCCAUUAACAUAAGAGAUUUGGCAGUUAAAAAGAGAAAUGGUACAAAUUUUUGAUGGAACUGUGGAAAACUAUGAGGUUUAGUGCAUAUAGCUGCAUUUCAUGGAGAACUAUUGGAACCAAUGUACUAUAACACUCAACAAUAAUUCCACUGUUGUUUCUUAUGCAUCUUUCCACUUUUCUUGCAGAUUUGUUUUUAUGUAGUUUGGGGGUUUGUU